CAGCCGUCGACCACAACAAACACCUGCAACGAUUCGAAAGCUCAGGAUAAGUGCAUUAUCUCGUCGUGGAUUCCGACACUGGAACUUAUAUGGAAAAUGUGGCAAGCACUAGCACACAUGGGACCACGCCCAAGAAGCGUUCGAAAUGGGAGCAAAACGAUGACGAAGAAAUAGAGAAUACCCUCAAAGUUAUACCGAAAAAGAAAAAGAGGAAAGCUAAAGCGGCUUCAGACGACUCUCCGCAGUCAAUCCGUGACUCCACUCAAUCACCCUUAGCUCGACAUGUGUCUCCUCAACCACGAGAUCCACCUCGACGGAGCGUAUUUGUUCCACCCCGCUCUGCGUACCCAGCAUUUUCUCCCUGUCGAUCAGUUUACUGCUACGAACGCUUGAACCACAUUGAAGAAGGCUCUUAUGGUGUGGUAUUCCGAGCACGAGAAAAGGAGACAGGCGAUAUCGUUGCGAUCAAAAAGUUAAAACUCGAUGAAGAGAAGAAUGGGUUCCCUAUCACUAGCCUUCGAGAGAUAAUGGCUCUCAUGGUGUGUAAGCAUGAGAAUGUGGUAGGAAUACGAGAAAUAGUGGUCGGGGAUACAUUAACUCAAGUUUUCAUCGUCAUGGACUUCAUUGAACAUGACCUGAAAUCAUUACUUUCCGUGAUGCCAACCCCAUUUUUACAAUCUGAGACCAAAACACUACUUCUGCAACUUUUGUCAGCUGUGGCUCAUUGUCAUUCAAAUUGGGUUUUGCACCGUGACUUGAAAACCAGCAAUCUUCUGAUGAAUAACCGUGGCUCUAUCAAGGUCGCUGACUUCGGGCUAGCACGUCAGUUUGGUGAUCCGCUAGGGGGCAUGACCCAACUUGUGGUCACAUUGUGGUACCGGGCACCUGAACUAUUGUUGGGUGAAACAUCCUAUUCUACAGCGAUUGACAUGUGGUCCGUUGGAUGCAUCUUUGGCGAACUGGUUCUCAAAGAGCCAGUAUUCCAGGCCAAAGGGGAACUGGAGAUGCUGGGAAUGAUUUUCAAGCUACUGGGGAGCCCGAGUGAGGACAUCUGGCCUGGGUUCUCAAAUUUGCCUCUAACGAAAACGCUCACCAUCCCUCACACGCCCACCCUUCGUACCAAGUUUAGGUUCUUAACGGAAGCUGGACUUGACCUGAUGUCAAAACUGUUGACAUAUGAUCCAGAGCAGCGAAUCAGCGCAGAAGAAGCAAUGAAGCAUCAUUACUUCGGCGAAUCACCGCUUCCCAAGCACCCUGAUCUAUUUGGGUCGUUUCCGUCGGUGGCAGCGGGUGACAAAAAACGUAUUGUCAGCCCGUCUGCACCUCAGCGUGUGGCUGAUUAUAAACUGCUCAUGGACUUUGAUGUCGAUGACGUGGAUGCAUGA